AUGGACAAGCUGCCGCCGUCCAUGCGCAAGCGGCUCUACAGCCUUCCGCAGCAGGUGGGGGCCAAGGCGUGGAUCAUGGACGAGGAAGAGGACGCCGAGGAGGAGGGGGCUGGGGGCCGCCAGGACCCCAGCCGCAGGAGCAUCCGGCUGCGGCCGCUGCCCUCACCCUCACCCUCGGCGGCCGCGGGCGGCACGGAGCCCCGGGGCGCGGCCCUCGGGGCGGCGGACGGCGAGGGGCCGGCCCGCAGCGCGGGCAAGUCCAGCACCAACGGCGACUGCAGGCGCUUCCGCGGGAGCCUGGCCUCGCUGGGCAGCCGGGGCGGCGGCGGCGGCUCCGGAGCAGGGGGCGGCAGCAGUCACGGGCACCUGCAUGACUCCGCGGAGGAGCGGCGGCUCAUCGCCGAGGGCGACGCGUCCCCCGGUGAGGACAGGACGCCCCCGGGCCUGGCGGCAGAGCCCGAGCGCCCCGGCGCCUCGGCGCAGCCCGCAGCCUCGCCGCCGCCGCCCCAGCAGCAGCCGCAGCCGGCCUCCGCCUCCUGCGAGCAGCCCUCGGUGGACACUGCUAUCAAAGUGGAGGGAGGCGCGGCCGCCGGCGACCAGAUCCUCCCCGAGGCCGAGGUGCGCCUGGGCCAGGCCGGCUUCAUGCAGCGCCAGUUCGGGGCAAUGCUCCAGCCCGGGGUCAACAAAUUCUCCCUGAGGAUGUUUGGCAGCCAGAAAGCCGUGGAGCGCGAGCAGGAGAGGGUGAAGUCGGCCGGAUUUUGGAUUAUCCACCCCUACAGCGACUUCAGAUUUUAUUGGGACCUGACCAUGCUGCUGCUGAUGGUUGGAAACCUAAUCAUCAUUCCCGUGGGCAUCACCUUCUUCAAGGAUGAGAACACCACACCCUGGAUCAUCUUCAAUGUGGUGUCGGACACAUUCUUCCUCAUCGACUUGGUCCUCAACUUCCGCACAGGGAUCGUGGUGGAGGACAACACAGAGAUCAUCCUGGAUCCUCAGCGGAUUAAGAUGAAGUACCUCAAAAGCUGGUUCGUGGUAGAUUUCAUCUCGUCCAUCCCUGUGGACUACAUUUUCCUCAUCGUGGAGACACGCAUUGACUCAGAGGUCUAUAAGACUGCCCGGGCCUUGCGCAUUGUCCGCUUCACCAAGAUCCUCAGCCUCCUGCGCCUCUUGCGUCUCUCCCGCCUCAUUCGAUAUAUUCAUCAGUGGGAAGAGAUCUUCCACAUGACCUACGACCUGGCCAGCGCCGUGGUGCGCAUAGUAAAUCUCAUCGGCAUGAUGCUCCUGCUCUGCCACUGGGACGGCUGCCUGCAGUUCCUGGUGCCCAUGCUGCAGGACUUCCCCGACGACUGCUGGGUGUCCAUCAACAACAUGGUGAACAACUCCUGGGGAAAGCAGUAUUCCUAUGCCCUCUUCAAGGCCAUGAGCCACAUGCUGUGCAUCGGGUACGGACGGCAGGCACCUGUAGGCAUGUCGGACGUCUGGCUCACCAUGCUCAGCAUGAUUGUGGGCGCCACCUGCUACGCCAUGUUCAUCGGCCACGCCACCGCCCUCAUCCAGUCCCUGGACUCCUCCCGGCGCCAGUACCAGGAAAAGUACAAGCAGGUGGAGCAGUACAUGUCCUUCCACAAGCUCCCGCCCGACACCCGACAGCGCAUCCAUGACUACUAUGAGCACCGCUACCAGGGCAAGAUGUUCGAUGAGGAGAGCAUCCUGGGCGAGCUGAGCGAGCCACUGAGGGAGGAGAUCAUCAACUUUAACUGCCGGAAGCUGGUGGCCUCCAUGCCGCUGUUUGCCAAUGCGGAUCCUAACUUUGUGACAUCCAUGCUGACCAAGCUGCGCUUCGAGGUGUUUCAGCCAGGGGACUACAUCAUCCGAGAAGGCACCAUUGGCAAGAAGAUGUACUUCAUCCAGCACGGUGUGGUCAGUGUGCUCACCAAGGGCAACAAGGAGACCAAGCUGGCAGAUGGCUCCUACUUUGGAGAGAUCUGCCUGCUGACCCGGGGCCGGCGCACGGCCAGCGUGAGGGCUGACACCUACUGUCGCCUCUACUCACUGAGCGUGGACAACUUCAACGAGGUGCUGGAGGAGUACCCCAUGAUGCGGCGGGCCUUCGAGACGGUGGCCCUGGACCGCCUGGACCGCAUUGGCAAGAAGAACUCCAUCCUCCUCCACAAAGUCCAGCACGACCUCAACUCGGGCGUCUUCAACUACCAGGAGAACGAGAUCAUCCAGCAGAUCGUGCAGCACGACCGCGAGAUGGCCCACUGUGCCCACCGCGUCCAGGCCGCCGCCUCCGCCACCCCGACCCCCACGCCGGUCAUCUGGACCCCGCUGAUCCAGGCGCCGCUGCAGGCCGCCGCGGCCACCACCUCGGUGGCCAUCGCGCUCACCCACCACCCCCGCCUGCCCGCUGCCAUCUUCCGCCCUCCUCCCGGCCCCGGGCUAGGCAGCCUCGGGGCGGGGCAGACGCCCAGGCACCUGAAGCGGCUGCAGUCCCUGAUCCCGUCGGCGCUGGGCUCCGCCUCGCCCGCCAGCAGCCCGUCGCAGGUGGACACGCCGUCCUCCUCCUCCUUCCACAUCCAGCAGCUGGCCGGAUUCUCCGCGCCCGCGGGCCUGAGCCCCCUGCUGCCCUCGUCCAGCUCUUCCCCGCCCCCCGGGCUCGGCGGCUCCUCCCCGGCUCCCACGCCGUCCGCCACCGCCGCCGCCGCCGCCACCGCCGCCGGCUUCAGCCACUUCCAUAAGGCGCUGGGCGGCUCCCUGUCCUCGUCCGACUCUCCGCUGCUCACCCCGCUGCAGCCCGGCGCCCGCUCGCCGCAGGCCAACCAGCCGCCGCCGCCGCUGCCGGGGGCCCGGGGGGGCCUGGGACUCCUGGAGCAUUUCCUGCCGCCCCCGCCCUCAUCCCGGUCCCCGUCGUCCAGCCCCGGGCAGCUGGGCCAGCCUCCCGGGGAGCUGUCCCCAGGUCUGGCCGCCGGCCCACCAAGUACGCCAGAGACGCCCCCGCGGCAACCGGAGCGCCUGUCCUUCGUGGCCGGGGCCUCUGGGGGGGCUUCUCCCGUAGCCUUUACACCCCGCGGAGGUCUCAGCCCCCCUGGCCACAGCCCAGGCCCCCCGAGAACUUUCCCAAGUGCCCCCCCUCGGGCCUCUGGCUCCCACGGUUCCUUGCUCCUGCCGCCCGCAUCCAGCCCCCCGGCCCCCCAGGUCCCCCAGCGCCGGGGCACGCCACCCCUCACCCCAGGCCGCCUCACCCAGGACCUCAAGCUCAUCUCAGCCUCUCAGCCGGCCCUGCCCCAGGACGGGGCGCAGACUCUCCGCAGAGCCUCUCCGCACUCCUCGGGGGAGUCCGUGGCUGCCUUCCCGCUGGUCCCCAGAGCUGGGGGCGCCAGCGGGGGCAGCGGGGGCCUCGGUCCCCCGGGGAGGCCCUAUGGUGCCGUCCCCGGCCAGCAUGUCACUCUGCCUCGGAAGACAUCCUCAGGUUCUUUGCCACCCCCUCUUUCUUUGUUUGGGGCAAGAGCCGCCUCUUCUGGGGGCCCCCCUCUGACUGCUGCCCCCCAGAGGGAACCUGGGGCCAGGUCUGAGCCGGUGCGCUCCAAACUGCCGUCCAAUCUAUGAGCUGGGGCCCCUCCCUCCCUCUUCUCUCCCUUUUUCUCCCUUCUUUCUUCCUUCAGGUUUAACUGUGAUUAGGAGAUAUACCAAUAACAAUAAUAAUUAUCAUUAAAAAAAAAAAAAACCACACCAGAAAAAAGACAGCAGAAAAUAACCAGGUAUUCUUAGAGCUAUAGAUUUUUGGUCACUUGCUUUUAUAGACUAUUUUAAUACACAGCACUAGAGGGAGGGAGGGGGGAGGGAAGCAGGCAGGGCCCAAAAGGCAAAAGCCAGAAGAAGGCAGGUGGGGUCUCUGGGGCUUGGC